AAAGUCGAUUUCGAGGUUAUGUCCUUUAAACAAGCAUGGCGGACACAACAGACCGAGACACGAGAGAUGUUAAUUUUUCUGAUCUUGGACUUAGCCUUUGGUUAUCAACCCAGUGUAAGGCUGUCGGGCUGGGGAAUCCAACACCAAUCCAAUUUAACUGCAUACCAGCAAUAUUGAAGGGUCAAGACUGUAUUGGAUGUGCCAAAACUGGAAGUGGGAAAACUGCUGCAUUUGCAUUGCCUAUCCUCCAGAAAUUAGCCGAAGAUCCAUUUGGGAUUUUUGCUCUUAUAAUUACCCCUACAAGAGAAUUGGCCUUCCAGAUAGCGGAACAAUUCCAGGUACUAGGGAAACCAAUUGGCAUCCGUGUCGUCACAAUAACUGGAGGGCUUGAUAUGAUGCAACAAGGUUUAGAUAUAACAGAAAGACCCCAUAUUGUUAUAUCAACACCUGGGAGACUGGCAGACCAUUUGGAAAGCUGCAAAACAUUCAGUUUAAAGAAAAUAAAAUUUUUAGUAUUAGAUGAGGCAGACAGGCUACUCGAAGACGACUUUGGGGAACAACUUCAAGUAAUAUUUUCUGCCCUGCCACAAAAACGUCAGACAUUACUUUUUAGUGCCACCAUCACAGAAACUCUCAAACAACUACAAGAGGUAGCCAUGAAUAAACCCUUUUCUUGGCAGUCCUCAUCAGAAGUUAUCACGGUUGAACAGCUAGAUCAGCGCUAUGUUCUCAUGUCUGCUGAUGUCAAAGAUGCUUAUCUUAUUCACAUAUUAACCAAAUAUACAUCAGAAAAUGACAAGAGUUCCAUUAUGAUAUUCACAAAUACUUGCAAGUAUUGCCAGAUCUUAGCCAUGAUGUGCAGAGAACUUGGUCUCCCAUGCGUUGCCAUUCACUCCAUGCUUCCACAGAAACAGCGUCUUGCUGCAUUAGCCAAGUUCAAAUCUAACCAAGUCAAAGUUCUGAUUGCAACAGACGUGGCUAGCAGAGGUUUAGACAUUCCUACAGUUGAUUUGAUUAUAAAUCACAAUGUGCCAACCAGACCAAAGGAUUAUGUUCACAGGGUUGGAAGGACAGCUAGGGCAGGAAGAGGAGGAAUGUCAAUGACCUUAGUUACACAAUUUGAUAUCAAGUUGGUACAUGCAAUCGAAGAUUUUAUUAAUACUAAACUUGUAGUGUACAAGGUGCAGGAAAAAGAAGUCAUGAAAAUCUUGACAGAGGUAGCAGUGACCAGGAGAGAGGCUGAGAUUAAAUUGGAUGAACAAGAUUUUGGAGAAAAGAAGGAAAUCAACAAGAGGAAAAGAUUAAUGAUAGAAGGAAAAGAUCAAGAUAAAGAAGGGAGAUCUAAAAAAAGUAAAGUGAAUAAAAAUCCGAAAAAGAGGAAAAAGCCCACUGGGAAAAAAUUCAGCUUGUCAUAGUACUGAGCCUACCACUUGCACUUGCUACAUUUUAUCAUCAGCAUCUUAAGGAUUUCUCAUGAACUGCACAAAUCUUCACAAUAUUGUCCAAAAUGUAAACAGUACUGUGAUAGCUUGGAUAACAAUUUAUACAGAUGAUAGGUAUUUGAGAGAGCAAAACAGCCAAAUCUAUCCCCAGCAACUAGUCAACAUGACAAAGCAUUCAGUGGCAUUUUCGUUUUAGACUGUGAGAUUACACAAUUUUUAUAACAAGGUAUAUUUGUUACAAAUAUUCACUGUCUUGCCAUGUCAUAUACCAAACUAUUGUUCUAGAAGGAAUGUAUUAUGUAUGGUUUAUGGAUCUUUUGCUAGAAGCUUAAGGGUUACAUGGUUAGAAGUAUCAUAUCAUAAGUAAGAGACUCUGUCAAAACAUAAUAAAUUAUGAUUACACGAGUUGUUAUAUAUUCAUCUGAACCAUUUUGUAUUUUCCAAUCAAAAAUCUUUUGGGCGUAUCUUUGAGAAUAAUUGUCUGAAUUAAAUUGCUGAAUGAUU